AGCGCUGACAACAUGUCGGCGACAGUCGAGUACUCGUCUUCCGCGCCCGAGCCAAUCUCGCCCGGACCAUACCCGCGGCUGGCGGCGCACUCCCUCAUGCCUGAUGGCACCCCAGACUAUCUCAGGCUCAUUCUCACGUCCAAGGUCUACGAAGUGCUCAAGGAGACUCCCCUGGUGUUCUGUCCAAACCUCAGCACGCGGCUCGGCAACCAGAUAUGGCUCAAGCGCGAGGAUCUCCAGGAGGUCUUCAGCUUCAAGAUUCGGGGGGCGUAUAACUUCAUGGCCAGCUUGUCCGAUGAAGAGCGGUGGAAGGGCGUCGUGACUUGCAGCGCGGGCAACCACGCACAGGGUGUCGCGCUCUCUGGAUCUCGUCUGGGCAUCCCUUGCACCAUUGUCAUGCCCAAAGCGACACCGUCCAUCAAGGUGCGCAACGUGUCGCGCCUCGGGGCGAAGGUCGUUCUGUACGGCCAGGACUUCGACGAGGCGAAGACGGAGUGCGCACGACUCGCGUCAACCUAUGGCCUCGUCUUUGUGCCGCCCUAUGACGACCCGCUCGUCAUCGCCGGACAGGGCACCGUGGGCGCAGAAAUUCUCAAGCAGAUGCCCAAUCCUGAGACCCUGGAUGGCAUCGUCGCCGGCGUUGGCGGGGGAGGGCUUGUCGCGGGCAUAUCGGAAUACGUCAAACGCAUAGGGUCACCAAAGACGAAGAUUAUUGGUGCGGAGACCGUAGACGCGGACGCGAUGGAUCGCAGCCUGAAGAAGGGCGAGCGGGUGACCCUGCCCGAGGUAGGGCUCUUCAGCGACGGCACCGCGGUCAAGAUCGUCGGAGAGGAACCUUUCAGGAUAUGCAAGCGCCUUCUGGACGGGGUCAUCAAGGUUGACACUGACGAAAUCUGCGCCGCUAUCAAGGACGUGUUUGAGGAAACGCGCUCUAUUACUGAGCCAGCGGGUGCGCUCGCGCUCGCGGGUCUGAAACGCUAUAUCGUCGACCACCAGCUGGUCGGCGCCGAGAAGAAGUUCGUCGCUGUCAUUAGCGGCGCGAAUAUGAACUUCGACCGGCUGCGGUUCGUCGCCGAACGAGCAGAGCUCGGGGAGGGUCGCGAAGCGCUUCUGAGCGUCGAGAUACCGGAGAAGCCAGGAAGCUUUGUUGCGUUGCACGACAUGAUACACCCGCGUGCGACCACAGAAUUCGUCUACAGGUUCCACCACCCCGAGAACGCGCAGAUAUUCUUGUCGUUCCAGCUCCAGAGCACGAAUCGCGCGAAGGAAGUGUCCGAACUCCUCGCUGCGCUAGAAGAAAAGGGCAUGAAGGGCUUCGACAUCAGCGAGAACGAGAUGGCGAAAAGCCACGCCCGCUACAUGAUCGGUGGCUUUAUUGAAGUGCCCAACGAGCGGCUGUUCAGGUUCGAGUUCCCCGAACGCCCAGACGCGCUCCGCAGGUUUCUCAAAGGCCUCCACGCGGGGUGGAACAUCUCCCUCUUUCACUACCGCAACCACGGUGCAGAUGUCGGGAAAAUCCUGGCGGGAAUCCAGGUACCGCCCGAAGACACGGAACAGUUCAGCGAAUACUUGCAGAAGCUUGGGUACCCGUAUGUGGAGGAGACCGAGAACGAGGUGUACAAACGGUACCUCAGAGGAUGAAACCCAGUGAGAAUCGACAAAUGUGGAGGCAUGUGAGAUCCUCUCCAGCGCGCUCGGAUCAUGCGAGGAUGGGUGUGACAGUUCUCACGCCGGGAGAGGCUCGCACAGGCUCUGUUGGACGAAAAAUGACACAGUCAUGUGGGAUCAU